CAGAACAGACUGGGGGGAAGAGAGAGGGAAACAGACGCACUGCAAAAUCCAGACGCAUCAACAGCCACCCUAGCAGCUCAAACCACCACAGCAGCAUAUGCAAGCUCAACAAAGCCCACUGUACGGAACCAGGUCUGUUUCUCUGCUGCUUCUGGAUGGGGCCCGGAUUGUUUUGGAACUUCUCUUCAAAGGCUAACUGCUCGGUGCCGCAGAGCCUGCUGCAGACCAUGUUGCUCUCCAGGAUGGCUGGGAUGAAGGAGCAGCAAUUUACUGAGGAGAAACCCCUACUGCAAGAACAAAGAGGACAAGACACUGAGAUGGAGAACUGUGAGACCCUGAUGCCCAUUGGAGACUGGAAGGAACAUGACAUUGAGACUCCUUAUGGGAUGCUUCAUGUGGUGAUCCGUGGUGCACCCAAAGGAAACAAGCCUGCCAUCCUCACCUACCACGAUGUUGGGCUUAACCACAAGCUGUGCUUCAACAGCUUCUUCCACAAUGAGGACAUGCAGGAGAUCACCAAGCACUUUGUGGUGUGUCAUGUGGAUGCUCCUGGACAGCAGAUUGGAGCCUCUCAGAUGCCACAGGGGUACCAGUACCCCACCAUGGACCAGCUGGCAGGCAUGCUGCCCAGCGUAGUGCAGCACUUUGGAUUCAAGAGCAUCUUGGGCAUUGGAGUUGGAGCAGGCGCCUACAUCCUGGCCAAAUUUGCUCUGAUCUUCCCUGACCUGGUGGAGGGCCUGGUGCUGCUCAACAUCGACCCCAACGGGAAGGGCUGGAUCGACUGGGCCACUGGCAAGCUGUCUGGUUUCACCAGUGCUCUUCCAGACACUGUGCUGCCCCACCUCUUUAGCCAGGAGGAGCUGAUGAACAACACAGAGCUGGUCCAGAGUUACCGUCAACAGAUCAACAACACUGUCAACCAGGUCAACCUGCAGCUCUUCUGGAACAUGUACAACAGCCGUAGGGAUCUGGAGAUGAACCGCACCGGGACCAUCAUCAAUGCCAAGACCCUGAAGUGCCCCGUCAUGCUGGUUGUUGGUGACAACGCUCCAGCUGAGGAGGGAGUGGUCGAAUGCAAUUCCAAACUUGACCCAACCAACACCACCUUCUUAAAGAUGGCUGACUCUGGUGGACUCCCUCAGCUCACACAGCCUGGAAAACUGUCCGAAGCAUUCAAGUACUUCCUCCAGGGGAUGGGCUACAUUGCGUAUGUGAAGGAUCGGAGGUUGAGUGGUGGGCCAGUGCCCUCUGCCAGUAUGACCCGUCUGGCCCGCUCCCGGACGGCCUCCCUCACCAGUGGCAGCUCAAUUGAGAGUUCUCGUAUCCGGGGUUUUACACACUCUGACAGCAAUGAGGGCCAGGUCAGCCACACCAUGGAAGUGUCUUGCUGAACCCCCACACACACACAGACAGACGUGGAUUGGAGAUAGGGACGUUUAGAGAGAGAGAGGGAGAGAGAGAGAGUGAAGAGAGUGAGAGAGAGAGAGAGAGAGAGAGAGAGAGAGAGAGAGAG